AGUCAAUGAUAAAUGAUUUUGUAUUAUGUCUUUCAAUAGUAGGAAGGCGGAAGAUAAUUUGUUUGUGUCGAUAUGACGGUAAAGUUGACAACAAAUUCAAUAGGUUUUUGUUAGCUGCAACAGGAUACUUUGAUAUUUAUAAAAGAUUUUUGCUUCUUGUUUUUAUUUCCAAAGAGAAUUUUGACAUAAGAUUUUGAACAAGGAAGUUGCAGAGUGUGUACCUUACCAAUAAUCGAUAUGAGAAGUUCAACAAGGAUUUUUGGUAUUACUUUCAUAAUAUCAGUAAUACCUUGUCUCUUUUCAAAUGGACAUGGAAUGAAAUCUAUCAGUUCCAGACAUAUAGAAGAGAAAGAUGAUACUACAGCAGAUAUUUACAACGUUGCUCCUUCUUCAAGAUAUGAAACCAAAAUAAGUAGCGAUGCAAAUCCAAAAGUGGAUUUUGAUAAUGCGAGUACUACCGUAACACCAUCUACUGAUGUUAGAGAUAAAUGUGAAGUGGUAAUCAAUGAUACAAGUAAAGACAUAUUUCAACAGAUACUUAAACAUCAUGAUCCUGACUUUGUACAGUUUCAUAUAAGAUUUUCAAAACCAGUUGCCAAGACUAAAUACGUAUUCCAGCCUAGUAGAUGGUACUGGGCCUACAGAAAAAUGUCUAAGUACCAGUUUCUGUCCUGGAAUCUCCACUAUGGUUUAGCUUCGUUUGGAUUGUUAGAUUAUAAAACGUCUCUUGUUCCAUUUGUCAAAUUAAAUUUAUACGGAGACUGUAAUUUAACUCUAGGAAUGGAGGACACGUCAGAGCUCAUCACAAAUGCAUUGGUUCAAGCUGUCAACUUUACAAGCGAUGAACUAACGCGACCCAAGUACACGGAGAACUACUUUUGUUACCUUGCAGUAAGAGAAGAUCUCCGAGAUACCAUCAAUUACCUCGCAGCUGUUUACUUCCGUUAUCCUAUUAUAUUUAUUAACUAUAAAUGUUGCCUCUUAAAGUAUAAUUUCACUGACGAGCAAUUUAGUAACGACUGCUCACAAAAGGUUUCUCAUAUGAUUAAAUGGACAAGUGUGAUCAAAUUCAACAUAACUCUUGGACUUUUGAUAAUUGCAUAUUGCCCGAUACUACUUUUUCAAUUAUUUGCUUGGCUAGGAGUAAACGACAAAAUUGACAAUGACGAAUAUAGUGUGGAAUUAAUUCAGGAUGUAUCUGGUCACGAUGAAGAUAAUGAUAAUAAAGAUUGGAUCUUUGCUAACGGAAAGUCUCCACUGACCUUCUUUGAUGUUGUAAGUUUUAAGGGCAUUGGAGUUGACAAACGGUGGCCUGUGUUGGUGUCGAGAUUGCGGAGGUUUAUAUGUCUUCUCUUGGCACCUUCUGUAAUAUACAUAGAAAUGUUCAUGUUUAGCCGCGGAAUUGGUGUAUGGAACCAAGGGGAUAAGAUAACUGUCAAAGAUUUUGUAGACGUUGGUGAUCCUGUUGGUUUCCGGUCAUUUUUGGGUGAUUCGAGUAACAGAAGUGACGUAUUCGCUCCUGCUUUCGGCGGGCCUAUUGGCAUUUCAAUUCUUUACUUCGUACUCGGCUUCAUUUACAUUGUUCUUCCAAAAUGUCUGAAACAGAUUGUAGAGAAUGGUUUGCCUAAUUCGGAUGUACUGACAGCCGAGGGAAGAAUGCCCAGUCAAAGUGUAAUAAAAUCACCCCUAUUUUUGGGGACAAAAGAUAUUAUAAAAUUGUCGCAGAUUCAUGUAAAUAACGCUGAUUUGGAGCCUGGAUAUUCAAAAGGUGUACUGUUGAUGAGGAAUAACUUCUACAUUUUAUUCACAAUACAGUUCUGGCGUCAGGUCUUUCAUAUUCAAACUUACAGAGUGCGUUGCUACACAGAACACAAGUCGUUCUCAAUGUGUUUAUUAAGAGGGUUUUGUUUACCUGUGUACGUAGUAAUCUGUUCAUUUGAAAUUGUGCUUUGCAUUCUUUAUUUUGGAAUUCCUUUGAUCUUUUUCAUGGUUGUAAUGAUUAGAGGAGCAAUGACAAUGAUAUCCUCUCUGAGAGAAAAUAAUACAUUAUUCUCCUAUCUAUUCAGUGUUCGUUUCAUAAGGGGACUCGGUGCUGUUGUUGUAUUUUUAACUAUUUUGUUAUUCACCUACUGUGUUUACUUGCUGACUGUUGACAGUUUAACGUUCAUCAGUCAUGUUAUGACAUAUUGUUUUGUUGCUGUGAUAAUCUAUCCCUCAGUUUCGUUUGGGAGUCUUUUUCUUGUUCUCGUUAUUGUAUAUUACAUAAUACGCCAACUCAAACACUUCCGUUAUAAUUAUACGAAGCUACUUAACACCGCCGUAGAAAUAUCAGAACGUAUCAAUGUAUCGCUAAACCACGUGACGUGUUCCAACGGUCAUUUGCUUAUAUCAAAUGUAGUGUCUCAAAACCUCAGAGAAAUUGAAAUUAAUGGCCGAAUGUUAAAUGUUUCUCAAAAUAUCCUCUCUAACAUAAAUACUGAGACUGGUCUAAAAAUGAGAAUGAAAGACGACUGCUAUGGUAUACCAAAAGAUCUAUUUGACUCGCUCAUUCAGAAAUAUCGACCUGUUCACAUCCAUGUUCUUUCACUGCUUCUUCGCGUAUUCAUUUUGAUAGGUUGUAUUCUCCUCUUUCUAAGUAUAACAAAUAAAUACCUCGAAGUCCCUGAAGGCCAGAUUUCGGAAGUGAUGCAUGUCGUCUUUAUAAUAGCUGUUGGUGCUCUUCCUAAGCUUUUAGAAACCAACUUUAUAAGUCAGAAUAAUGCCCCGAUAGAAAAGAUAGAGAAAAAGUAUAUAGAGCAGUCAAUUGUUGAGUACUGGACUCAAGGAGACGGGUCAGUAACAAACAGAUCAAAUUAAUCAGUUAAAAAUGUAAUGAAAAGGACAUUCUUAUAUGCUUUUUUCUAUUACAAUUCUCUUCCGCUACAAUGACGUCACGUUAAUGUGUGGUGACGUCAAUGUUUUUGUUGCGACCAAGAAAGAGCGCUACUGUGUUUUAUCUUCUGUUUUAGACUGGGCAUAUUAGAAU